AUGCAUGCAGUGUAUUAUCUAACGGUCAGGCCUGCUGGCAACGAACUGGGUCGCUUGCUGGCUGGUGAUGUGGCGUUCAUUUUACCUUUGUCAACGUUGCUCUGCGGCAGAAUAAAAGCUAUUCAACUGGAAUAUUCCGCAGCCCACGAUCACUUGAUAUCAGCUCUUCGGAAGGCCCCCCAGAGUACAGCAGUUGGCUUCAAACAGGCCUUGCACAAACUCAACACGGUGGUCGAACUACUUCUGGGGGAUCAACCGGAUCGUUCGAUUUUUCGACAGCCGACUUUUAAAGCUGCUCUUCACCCCUACUUUCAGCUGACUCAGUCAAUUCAUGCUGGUGACCUGGGUCGAUUUAACGAAGUGUUGCGCGUCCAUGGUGCGCAGUUCUGUGCGGACAAGACAUACACCCUGAUCCUUCGUCUUCGCCACAGCGUCAUCAAGACCGGUGUUCGUCGAAUUUCACUGAGCUACUCUCGCAUAUCUCUGACGAGUAUUGCAGAGAAACUGCAACUUGGUAAUGCAAAAGACGCAGAGUAUAUUGUCGCAAAGGUAAAGUCUCAUUGUGUUUACACGAGUCAUUACUCAUCUCGGAAGAUGCUCAACGUUUGCUUCCCCUCAGUGGAUUUGUGA